AUGAACAUUAAGACUUUGUGUCAUCCAGAAUAUAAAAGAAUCUCCGUUGAAUCGUUAUUGAAUCCGGUAGAGGAGACAAUAGACUGCGAAAAACCUCACUCUCAAACAAAAAUCAAUACUGCUAAACCCAUUAGUGCAUCUUUGUAUGUCACAACGAAUAAUACUGCUGUUGUUCAGCACAAUGUCCAAAAGAGGAAAGGCGUCACCAGGAGAUGUCCACAGUGUGCGGUGAUAAAAACUUCUCCGCAAUGGAGAGAGGGUCCUGAUGGAGAGGUGACAUUGUGUAAUGCCUGUGGAUUAUUUUAUAGAAAAAUAUUUUUGGUUUUUGGCAAGGAUCUGGCAAAACGGUACUUUAACGAAAUAAAAGGUGUGAGCGUCAAACGAAAAGUUCCAAAGAGCCUCUAUGGAGUUACAAGAACGCGUUAA